AUGAAGAUAAGAAUGUGCCAACGGGUUAGCUGGCUCAUCAUGCACAUGGUACCUAGCUUUAUGUUGGUGUACAACAGCAGCUCCGUGGGACUCUUCUUACCUCCGCCGGCUCCAUCAUUAUCCACCCACCUAGAUGGACCUGGUCCAAGCCACGAAGAAGCCAGACAGAGUCCCCAACCAUCAAGCGCUUGAGGGUACACAAGGGUGUCCAUGGAUCAUAAGCCUCUGAAGAUGCACUGCAGGACUUGCUCCCUGGUGACCAGCUCCGGCCAUCUAACCGGGAGCAAGAGAGGUGAAGAAAUCGACCGUUCCGAGUGUGUAAUCCGUAUGAAUGAUGCUCCCAGCAUAGGCUACCAGCAGGAUGUUGGCCAGCGUACAAGCCUGCGUGUCGUUGCACACUCCAGCCUGCAGAGGGUUCUGCGGAGCCGGCAGGAGCUUCUCAACGCGAGCCAAGACACAGUGUUCAUCUUCUGGGGACCCAGCAGUUGCAUGAGACGGGAUGGAAAAGGCCAUGUUUACAACAACCUCAGGCUGGUAAAACAGCUUCUGCCGAAACUCAAAAUCUACGUAAUUUCCCGGAUCAAAAUGCUGAAGUUUGAUGAACUAUUUAAAAAGGAAACAGGGAUUGAUAGGAAGAGUUCCAACUCCUGGCUGAGUACCGGCUGGUUUACCAUGGCCAUAGCCCUGGAGCUGUGUGACAGGAUCAACGUGUAUGGCAUGGUGCCACCUGAUUUCUGCAGAUCCUCCUCCCAUCCCUCUGUGCCGUAUCAUUACUAUGAGCCCUCUGGGCCCGACGAGUGCUCCAUGUACCUCUCUCACGAGAGGAGCCGACGAGGGAGCCACCACCGCUUCAUCACAGAGAAGACGGUGUUUGCAAACUGGGCUCGAACCCUCAGCAUCCACUUUUUCCAGCCAGACUGGAAGCCCGCUGCUGUCAUCAUCACCAGCACGAACAGCUCAUACGCUCCAGUUCCAGCUGGAUCCUGA